AUGGCUUCUCGUGUGAGGCGCAUGCCGCCAAUCAAGGUGGAUGACUAUCGCUGGCAAACACCCCCUAAUGACCCAACGUUGCGAGUGCGUCGUGCCUGUGCGACUGAGGCCAUGUUUGGCAUUCAAGCAAGUGCCCAGCAUGGCGAGAACGACUUCUACAUUGCAGCUACUGUUCACUUACAUGCUCCGUUUCCCGGAUCAGAGACGUUCACUCUCCGUGACUUGGAACGGAAGACGCAGUCCUCUCUAGUGGAGCUCAGGUUCUCGCAGCCACAAAUAGCUGUGACUCUCUCGUGGGACAAGCAGGGUAAUUGUUCGCUUCAAUACCGAGCCCCAAAAGACAUGGAUGAACCCAAUGGAAUUGCGAGAUCAAGUUGA